CUCGACACUUCAGCAAUGCUAAUCUCCCACACAACUGAAAUUAGAUUGGAGAAGCUUCGAUAGCAUCCUUGGACAUUGGGAAUCCGCUUCAUCACGCGUUGUUGCGAAUCUCACCAUGGCUUCCAAGGUUGCCGCCGUCGGGUCUACGGCAUGGAUCUCCGCAGAGAAGGAAAAUGCGGUACAACUACUGCAAACUGAGAAGGAGGAAGUGAUAUACCCUGCUCAACAUCAGCUAGAAUGGCUGAACGAGCAUAUGUGCGAGAUCUUUAGUGGAAGUCAACUUGAUGUGGCCAAUGUCUUCAAAACACCUGGAAAGCUGAAAGGAAAGACUCCUCGCACGGCCAGAAAGCGCAAUGCCCAGGAUGCACGAAUACCGCUUAGCGACGUCUUCUCGUCGAAACCAAUACCGCGACCGAGUCCACCCAAACGAAUGAGCCAGAACAGACUCCGCUUCGAGAUCGCCACAGACCGUCCUGAACAACAUUACCCCGCUGUUGUGAGAUCACAAACCGACUCGGGCUAUCAUGGCUCAAGUCAAGAAGACACAGACUUCGAUCAGAAGUCGCAGAUGGUCCCAACAUCCCCAAUCCACAAUAUACAGAGGUCAGAUAACAAUGAUAUUAUGGAGGAGCACAUGGAAGACGCUGCAGAGACAGAACAUAGGACUACCGAAGGUUCAUUUCACUCCGCAAAGGAAGAUCAGACUACAAGAAUGGCGAACGUGGAAUGCACAGCGCAAGAGCAUCACUCAGAGGAUCCACUGAUCCUUGAUGAUGAACGUGAUCAGAAUGCUGCCUUUCAAGAGCGACAAAGAGAUGUCGACCCUGAUUUUGAUGAAAUUGGAUCGCCGUCAGAUGAAUCAACACCGGACCGGCCCUUGGUGAGAAAGAGCAGCUUGACCUUUGCCGCCUUGCCUGCGAGAGAACCUAUGAAAACCAGCAUUGGAGCCAGAAUAUCAAGAACAAGUCAUGUCGAGCAGUCACGCCAGGUUUCAGCCAGCUCUUCGAGGCAACUUGCAACUUCGAGUCAUGCUGAGCAGCCACCUAGUGGAAAGCACAUUAAGGAUGUAGAGAUGAAAGAUGUUGAUGACGAUGACGAUGGCGGUGAUGAAGAUGAUGACGAGAAUGUGAAGAUUUUGAGGACAGACGACUCUGAUGAGGACACCCAGACAGCGAAAAACUACUCUAAAUCGUCGACGAAAAGGCUGCAUGAAAAGAUUGACAUGCUAGGCCAGGCCCCGGCCCCGAGACCUUCGAAAUCGAUACCCUCGGCUGCGACACUGGGCGCGAUGAGACAGCAGGAAACCUCCGAGCAAGCUGAGGAAACAGCUAGAACAUAUCAGCGAGGGAACGACGAUGACGACGACUGGAUCAAGCCAUUGACUUCCCCUAACGCAGCCAGAUCGUCUCCCGCGAAAAGUAUGACUACUAACAAUGAAUACGAGUCCGACGAAGAGGAGGAGUUUUAUAUGCGUGCUCCGGAAUUGGUCGCUCACGAAGAACGUAUGAGAAGUCCUGUGAGAAUGUCUCCCAGCCCUGGUAAAAUCAGGCCUGGCUAUUGUCAUACAAAGUCGGCAUCAACGGCGACCCUUGCCUCGCCGGCCAAGGCGGCAAUGGCACCGCCGCCCAGUCCUGCAAAGUCGAUUUCAGUCUCCAAUCCUGCACAUUCCACGACUACUCCGCAAGGAUCACCCAAACGUUACCUUGAUUUGAGCGCGUCCAAAUCGAAGCUACAGUCAAUCAUGAAGACGGCGAAGGGGCUCUUUACCACCAGUGCGAGUGUGUCUGCAGCGGCCAAGCUUGAGACUCUUUCUCCCAAUUCUAUACGAAUGGCGGCAAGUGCAAUGCCAGGCAUGUACCCGAACCUCAACGGUUUCCUCGAGGACAAACCUUUGCCAUCAAGUCCUCCUAAGCAGGGAAGGAAGACUCGCAGCUCGACCGAGAGAGAAAAGGAGGAGAAGCGAAAGGAGAAAGAGACGCACCUGAAGCAGCGAAUGGACGACCAACUUGAACAAGCGCGCGCGCAAGAGCGCCGGAAGGUUGCAGAACAAAAACAACUGCAACAACAGACAGUGGAGUCCAGUCGAAACGAGCAGUCGAACUACCUGAGCCCGAAGCGUCACCUCGAAGAACAGAAUAAUCAAGAACCCAUCGAGUCAGCACCCCCAACAGGCAAAACGACACGGCCACUACGACCCGGAAGAGAACCGCCUGUCAACAAAGCCAAGCCUGCACCUGUGUCUAUCCGGGUUGGCACUUUAUCGCAGCGAAUACCUGCUGGCUCGUCGCAGGCCCCAUCAAAUGCACCAGAUUCCCUGACCGCCGAGCCUAAGCGGCCUGGCCUGAACAAGAAGGUCAGUAGUGCUUCGCUACAAUCUGCCACGUCCACAGCCUUGAAAUCAUCCGUCCACGGCCAACCACCAAAACCGAGAGCUCUUCUUGCAGCCGAACGUAAGAAGGAGCAGGAUGAACGUGAAGCCCAGAGAAAGCUUGAACAAAAACGAGAGAUUGAGCGCAAACGAGCUGCUCAACAAGAGGAGGCUCGUAAGCAAGAGCAGAAGCAGCGAGCAGAGGCGGAGAAGCGAGAGCGGGAACGUGUUGCAGCCGAGCAAGCCAAGAGGCAAGCUCAACAGCAAGCCAUUGAACGCAAGCGUCAGGAGGCAGCUCGGAAAGCGGAGCAGCAGCGUCUGGAACGUGCUGCAACCGAUGCUGCUCAAGCGAGACCCCCCUCUCGGCUGGCAGGCCAAAAUGCUGCCCGCUCUUUAAUCAAUCACCCGUUGCCCACCAAUCCGGCUAAGCCAGCGAAGCGGCCUCUGGAGGAAGAGGCUGGCCGGCCUCAAGCCUCCAAAUAUGGAGGUGCUGGCCUAGCCCAAGGUGAUUCGAAGCGACGCAAGACUGACGAGGAGAGCAACGUCGAGCCGGCAGCUCGACCAGUCGUGUCCGGGGCUCCCAUUCGGCAGUCACACCUGGGAAAGAAAGCGUCGAUCUUCAACCACAGCAGCUACACACAGGCACAACCGUCUAGCCACAUGGGCCAAUUCCCGCAACCCCCGUCUCGUGCAGCUCCGCCACAGAUGCAACAAUACGCCACGGGCGGGAAGAUUCCUUUUGCGGAUGGAGCUAACCCACCGCCACCAGCAAAGACACCAGUCUCGAUCAUGCAGCAGAAGACGAUUCAGACGGUCAAGUCCUCACCUCAGUAUCCGAACGGAGAUGCGAUCAAUCUACCUGAAAUCCCCACCGAUUCAGAGGACGAAGACUCUGACGAUGAAGGCAACGCAUUCCCGAUCCCUGACUGGGCGACUCCGGGACAUCUCACCGAGCAGCUCAUUCGUCAAGAGGGUAUGGAUGGAGAUGCUGUGUUUGGGCCAAUAGCACCACUGAAGAUGGAGGAGAUUUUCUCGAAAGGCAAUAAAGACCGAUUGAAGCGACUGCGAGACCGCACCAGCAGUGCCAACUGGACACUGAGCGGAGACGGGUUGACACUGGAGGAAGUGAGAGCAGAUCGAGAACAGCGAGAACGUAUGAGACUGGAAGGUGGCUGGAGAUUUGGUCACUGACAAGCCAGCAAGAGGGCCUUUGGUUGAAGAAUUUGGAAUUGAUGUCUAAUGAAAAGUGGCAUCUUGAUUGACACCCGGCUUAUGAAUGGAGAUUCUUGAGAGGAGUCCCGGUGUGAUGAUGGUGCGUUUUGUAUAAGAAGCGUGCAUUCUGCUUGUGCAGUGUGAUGCUCCAGUGAAGCAUCCAAUGUCGAUCGAUUAUCUGAGGGUCAUGAGGCCCUCUGUGAAAGUUCUGCUAUAAUCUUUGUGGUCCGACCUCGAGUCAGUGAACCAGC